AUGCCACUUUUGGCGGUGCAGGUUGUUCUCAACAAGUCAGAUAUACCGACAGGUCUCGUCAUGAUCAUAUGCUCGAAGGCGGGGCAGAACCUCUUCACGGAUGGCCUUCUGCAGAACCUCAGCAAGGUGCGGGGAAUAGAUAGUGCAGCCAUGGUGGCGGCCGGUGCGAGCGGUUUCAGAGCGGUCGUUCCUCCUGAGCUGAUGAAUGCCGUCGUGGGUGCAUUUAAUGCAGCACUGAAGAAUGUUUUCUGGGUGGCGCUUGCCACUCCAGCCCUUGCAUGGAUCACGAGCUGGGCAAUGGAGUGGAAGCAACUGCCUGGCACGAGAAAGGAGAAGGUGAAUCAAGUGCUAGCCGAGGAAACCAAGGGGGUUGAGGUCGGGACAGAACUAGCUUGA